UUUUUGAAAUCGGGGCCGUCGUGCGGGGGCUAUGACAACAAGCACGACAAGGGAGAUCAGCACAGGAGCAUCGUGGUAGAAGAUGGACAACAGGAUCCAAAGGACGUCGAUGCCGAACAGGAACUACACCCGGCGGACUUUGACCUCGGACAAGCGGUCAGCGAGGUCGGCAGUCUGGUGCCGGAGCAGGUGGUAGCCGAUUUACGCAAAGCGCAGCAAGUAGAAGUGCAACAGCUGCAAGAGGAACGGGAUGAUUUUGUCAGAAAUAUGGGCCGGCAUAUAAUUCCGACCGAUCUACCCUCUGUACAACUAGACGACAGGAGACAACUACAGCAAGACGACAGGACACAAGGACAACAGCAAGACCAGCGGCGCCUGUUCUCAUUUCCGGGGCUUCGAAGUAGAAGACCUUCGGAAGACCAGGGGUCCUCACUUUACGUCAAUGUGCGGCAGCGGAUUGCCGAUAUCGAGAGAAAAAUGUUCGGACGCAGUAGUAGAGCUUCUACAGAACAGGCACCAGGAGAAAAUAAUCUUCAACCAGAACAACUGCAAUCGAUUGCGGCGGUGGUAGCUGCGGAGCCAGUGCGCAACUACAAAGAGAGUUGUCAACCUGCAUCCUCAGAAGCAGCCAUCGCAGGUGGUGGAAAGAACAAAGACGCGGCUCUGAAAAUGCAACAGGAAAGAACACAGCAGCAGGGGUGUUAUAAUGGGGGACCACAUGCGGCACAGGAGAAGCAGGGAUGCGAAGGGCUCGCGCUACAAAAUAGUAGGAACGUCGACUCGGCAAUAGUACAACCUGAUGAAUCUACAGGAGCCGCGGCGAAUCUGCUCUACCCAGUACAACUUCCGAUACGUAAGAUCAGCAGUGUGAAUUCUGUGGCUAGCACGCUCCCCGAACAAAACAUGGUACCAGGAGGAGCCUCCAGCCUCAGCCAGGAGCUGGGUUGUUGUAGUUCCCUUCUCCCUUCGCCGGACAUGUCGCCCGGGCCGGCCAGCCCGGUGGGCGGGUCCCCAUCCCUCAUGGAAGAGGAGGAAGAGGAUACGCAGGAAUUAAUUCCCCGUGGCUUCCAAGGAUCAUCUUCUACGAAGCCGACCGGCCCGGGACAGUUUGAAAAUCUACUUCCGCCAUGCGAACCAGCAGAACGGCAACUGACGCAGGAACACACGCCGCUGUUUGUUAUGCAGAUCAACGACCAAGUCGCGCGGAAUGAGAUAGACGGAGGCCACGAGGAGGCAACUGUAAAGGAAAAACGCACGUCGAGUCUUCUAUUUCCGAGCAGUAGAAGUAGACCCGCCGAUCAUGAUCCGGCGGCAAUUCCCCGACCUGCCUCGCCUUUUGGCGAUUGUCAUCAAGAAGAAGUGGACACUGUCAUGGAUGUAGACGAUGGAGCUCUGACUGCAGCCGACAUGGAGCUUAUGGGCUUAGAUUCCUUUCUCGUAAGAGCCCCCGCAACAAAAAAUAAAGAUGGCCGUCGCGAAGAUGAAGAAGUGGAUCCUGAGAAGUUUUUGCCUUGGAAGAGAAUGGCAGCGCAGGGACAGGGACGUAGAGGCGUGUCGCCGGAGAACAAAAUCACACGUCCCACGCCGAAACCACCUCGUCAAGAACAGCAAGGCUUCUUGCCUCUGGUGCGCACCGAGGCGGUACUUGUACCCGCGAUUGAUAUAGAAAGCGACUCGCAUAUCGGUUC